UGUACCGGCUUAAGCUCCGACGAGGAACAAGAAUCCGAAGAAGAUGACGACGACGAUGAUAAUUGGGUGGAAGAUUGGGUCAUUGGAAAGCUGACAGAUGGAGAUGCAGAAAAAGACGGUGGGUCUCCCGGAAUCGGUGUGCCUGUUGGCGGCGAGGGACAAGCAGAGGAUCUCCAAGAUGAGAGCGGACGGGUGGGAGUAUGUGCGGAGAGUCCGCAGCGAGGUGCAACCGGUACCAGAUUCGGAGUUGAGGAGAACCCUGACACUGUCAUCGGCGAGCAAGGUGUCCAGCGCUCGUGUAAAGUGUGCGCGAUCUACAAAGUGCAGCCAAGGAAAUUUACAAAUAUCUGCAAUGGACUGGACAUCCCACGGCUACUGCUGAACGAGCACAAGCUGCGCCAUCGCCCACCACCCUCGCACCCGGGAAAGAAGCGUAGACGCCGAGAAUCGGAGGCUGGCGAAGCGCAUAGUGAUGAUGUCGCCGCCGAGCAGAGCGACGGAAAUGCUGACGAGUCGGCUGGAAACACAGAAGGCGAUGAACCGUAG